AGAAACAUGACGACGGGAUGGAAGAUAGCAGAAGCAUACUCGCUGCGGUUGACGGAUAAGUAGCGGACUGCUACUGUACCCGUGCAAGCCGCUGUAGCCGGACAUCAUCGACUCUGUCACGGACUCACGGUCACUUUACAGUUGCAUUCUGAGCCAAGACUGGUUUAAGGCUGAAGGGAGGAAACAUCCGGCUGCCCCGCCCCAUAAAAUAGUGAUUGAAAGUACCGCCGGUAAUCACGGAUAACUCAGACGUUGAGUGUAUUCGUUGAAGCGGUCAAGACUGUGCAGAAGCAGUUGAGGCAGUGUUUCUCAACGUUACAAAUCCCAAUGCAAGGGAUAUUUCACUUUCACCGCCAAGACAGCGAAUUCACAAUUACGUGGCGUACAGUACAAACUCAACCAUAAUCAUGAACAAGGCUGCGCCUCGAAACAAACACGUGCCUUUUCGACAUAACAAACAGCAUACCUGCAUGGACAUCUCCGAGUAUCCGUAGUUGGUCUUUUAUUAAUAUUCUUGUGGCGUUUGAUCUUGGCUGUGGCGUGCUUCCCCGGGUGCCACCUUGGAUCUUAUUGUUUCAGAUCGUGAAGUUAAGCUUGGACUUGGCGAAAGAAGGUUCUUAGCGAUGGAGAGCUAUUGUUACUUCGCGUUGAAGCUGAAUGUAUGUUUGGGGGGAGUGAUGUUAGUUUGUGGUCUGUUGUUGGAGAGAAGGUUUGGCCAGUGUGAAUGAAGGGAAUCUCCACAACUGCAUUGGCAGAUGGCAGAUGGCAUGUUGCAUCAGACUCUUGAAUACUGAUCUAUCAUGAACAAUUGAGAAGUGAGUUAACUGCUGAAGUAAAAGGAGUCUAUAUGGUGCAUGUAUGUUUGUUCAAUUG